AUGGCCGACGCCAACAAGCGCAUCAAUCUCACCGCGCCACUUCUCUCCGUGCGGCGCCACGGUGGCGGUGGCGCCGAGACCGCGGCCACGGGGCUGCCGCCUGCCUACAAGGCGGACGCCACGUCGGAGCCCCCGGGCCACACCAGCGCCGUGCCAUUCGGGUGGGAGCAACGCCCCGGCCACCCCAAGAGCGUCCGCACCCGCCGGCCGGCGGCGGCGGCGGCCCCACCACCUCCCUUGACGAUCGUCGACGUCAACGACAACGAGCCCUCGCGCGUGACGCGGAGUCCAGCGGCGGUAGUGACCGUGGCCUCUGAGCGCGCGCGGCGGGGCGAGGAGCGGUGCUCGGACGCGCUCUCCCGCGACGACGUCAGCUGCGUCACCGUGAACUGCAGCGCGACCGGGCUCAGCGACGCCGCGGGGGCCGGGGCGGGGCCGUGCGCCCGUGGCAGCGGCAGCGUCAUGAUGGACCGGUUCCUGCCGGCCGCGCACGCCGUGGCAGCCGGCUCCCCGCAGAACACGUUCCGGAAGGCGGGGUCGGCCCGGGCGGCUGUGGUGCUAGGCGCGCGCGCGGCCAGCAGCGACAGGGUGCCAGCGCAAAGGCGGGUGCCCCUUCAGCACAUUGCGGCGUACCACCUGCCGCCCCUCCCUCCCAGUGGCAAGAACGACGACGACGACAAUUCCGACGCGCACAGCACGGCGGGCUUCGCGUCCAAGAGCUGCGGGCUGCUCUCAGCCCGGUGCCUGAAGAGCGCCUUGCUGCUAUCCCGCGUCGCGCGGCGAGGUGCAGGCACGCCGUUCCAGGAGGUGCGCGGCGAGUUGCUGCUGCCGCCGCGCUCGCGUAACGGGCAGCACCAGCUUCUGCAUACCGGAGACGAUCACGGCAUGAUCUCGCAGCAAUCCUGGGAGGAAGUGUACAUCAAAUCACUGCUCCGAUCAUCAGGCCCCGGCGUCCUGAUGGGACCGGCGGCCGCCGUGGCCUCGGAGCUGGACAGAACGGUGCGCGAACUGUACAAACGCCGAGACGGGCAAGCCGUCCGCCCGAAGGCGAGCCAUCUGGGUUUGCUCCUGGUCCUCGACAGGUCAAACGAGGCUUGCGGCCACGUCUCGCCGGCGCGAAAGCUCUCUAGAACCGGCGACACCGCGAUGCUUCUGAAGACUACCACAAAAGCUCGCCGGACGGCGACAAGCAGCUGGGGCGUGAGCGUGACGCGGCCGCCGAUGCCGGCGGCGGCGGGUACGGUUUCCCGCUGCUUCUGGAAGACAAGGAGGCCGUUGCCGGACGUGAGAUGGCGCUGUCGCCGCAGCCGCAGCCGCUGCUCCCGUUGCCGCUGCCCAAGUCGCCUACGGAGUCGUGGCUCUCGCGCGCGCUGCCUUCCGUGUCCACUCGACCCCCGGCGACGUCUUUUCUGGGUCUCCAUGUGCAGCCCAAGAAACGUGCUCCGCUGCCGUGGUGCUCCAUUGAUUCGAGCAGGGACGUCCAUCAUGACAGGCAACGGCAAAUUCGCGUGCACGAUCUAUAGAAAUGACGGAAGCUAUCCUGAUCAUGCCAACUGUUAG